AGAGCUUUUUGUUUUACAGUUUCCUCUCUCUCUUGGGCUCUUCUGCUUGCAGCCGCCCUUCGGAUUUUGUAAUUAAGCUACUGAGAAGCAUGGCAAAAGAGGCCGACUUAAAGAAGAUUGAACUGAGAGUUUCUGUCAACUGCUGCGACGGUUGCAAGAGGAAAGUUAAAAAGGCGUUACAGGGUGUUGAAGGAGUGUUGAAGACAGAAAUCGAUCCUGUGCAGCCCAAAGUGACUGCCUUGGGAAACGUUGAUCCAAAAAUUUUGAUCAAAAAGCUUCUCAAAGCUGGAAAGCAAGCAGAACUAUGGAGCAAUGGAAAUCAAAAUGCUGCCAAGGAAAAGAAAGAAGUAGUAGACAAGCCCACAACAGAAGAGAAAGAAAAACAAAAAGCAGAGUGUGAGCAAGCUAAAUCUUCAGACUCGUGUGCCAAAACAACUGAUAAAGAUAAAGCAAGUAAAAAUGGCGGGGAUGGAAACGGAGACGAAACUAGCAAAAGGGACGAGCAAUACAAGGCAAAGGAAAUCAGUGGAAAUUCCCCAACUCCGGAAGUAACUAAGAAGGAAAAUUCUGUUCCACCAAAACCAGAAAUGAGUGGCAUCAUAUAUCCAAACACUUGGAAUGAUGCUGGUAAUCUCAGAAGUGACAAUCAGUGUUUUUACAUGGUUGAAGCAUACCCAAUGGCCAUACCUUACUAUGCAAUACCAUCAUACACAACUGAUCCUCUCCCUCCAGCAUGCUAUGCUCAGCAAUAUUACUGCCCAGAAAGGCCUGUAUUUCAUCCCUCAUUUCAGGCACCCACAACAGGUGUGGGGGAUUACUUUAGUGAUGAUAACACUUUAGGAUGCUCAAUGAUGUAGGUUCUGAGGUGGGGAUUCAACUUCAAUGGCGUAGUAUUUAUUUGUUCGAUUAUUCAUUUUGAAAGGAGAGUUAACAGUUCUA